UAAGACUAGAAUUGCUACUGUUAGCCGACUAACGCCAGAAACGCUACUCUCAGCCCGACUUAGGUCGCAAACUCUCAAGCACCUCGUGCCGCAUGCGCUAACGGAUCACUAUCGUCCUGCUCCGACUGCUCAGAGUGCUCAGACUGCUCCGACUGCUAUUGCUCAUACUUCUCAGGUUGCUCCAACUGCUCAGACUGCUCAGACUAAAUCAUGCAGAUUAAGUCCGAGGCCGCGACGCCCACUACUAGUAGUCCCCAAACCCCAGUCGCGGAACGUGCGGUGGAGUUCGCUUUAUCUGAUCAGGCGACGCCUGAAUUGGAUUUAUCAGAAAAUGCCGCUGGUGACAUGGCUUUAUCAGAUCAGGCUACGGCUGAUAUGGCUACGUCUAUUCAACCUACGGCUGAUGUCAAUAGCACCGACGUCGCACCUUCUAGCGAAGCAGCAGUAGCAGCACCAGCACCAGCAGCAGCAGCAGCAUACGGUGGAGCUAACCCUAGCUCAGAGCCCCCUCGCCCAUCCCUCCAGCGGCCGCCAUUUACGCAUCGGCCAAACAACGAGGCCGAAGGCUGCGCUCCGUCAGCCGAAACGGCAGCAGGGCAUGGCGGAACUUACAGCAGAGGAGCUUAUAGCGGGGGAGCUUAUAGCGGGGGAGCUUAUAGGGCACAUCCCGGCUCGGAACCCCUUCCGUCAUCGCUCCGUGAGUCCAAUACAGCUCAUCUACAGGCGCCAGCACAUUGGUCGGAUGCAGAGGCUCGGCAACUCCUAGAGUCCAAUACAACCCAUCUACAACCCAUCUCCGAACCGCUUCAGGCGCCAACGCAUUGGUCCGACACGGAGGUUCGGCAGCUCCUCGAGGCUCACGCGGAGCUCGACCCUGAGUUCGGCGCCGUACGCGGUAUUAGAGGCUCUAAUGUACGCGGUAUAAGAGGCGCCAAUUACCACCGAGAGCUGCGUCACCUGCUGCUGCUGCGACACCCCGGCUUCCGCCACUCGCAGCACGCGAUCAAAUCCAAGAUCCUACGGCUGAAAGGGAAUUACGACAAGCUGCGGGAUCAGCUGGAACGGACGGAUCAGAUGGAGCGAUCUGGCCGUUCGAGUUUUGCGGGUCGGAUUCGAACGGCUCAGCUUCCCCAGGAACUGCCUGAGUGGUUUGUGUUGUUGGAUCCUGUGAUGUCACGGAGCCAGGGCCGUACUUCCGCUCUCCUGCUGCAUUCCGCCAGAGCUGCCAUUCCUGCUACAGCAGCUCAGACCACUUCUGCUACAGCAGCUCAGACCACUUCUGCUACAGCAGCUCAGACCACUCGUGCUACAGCACCAGCAGCAGGCGUAGCAGCAGCAGCAGGCACAGCAGGAGUAGUGACUUCUCUGGGACGGGGCCGGUCAAACCAGUCGUCGCAGCCGCUGCGCUCCACUGCAUGUCCCCCAUCUGCUCCAUGCGACCGGCUGCUUUCUCCCUCCACCCGAAGCGACAGGCCUGAUGGGGCAGCGGGCAGGCAGAUGGCAGGGCCCGGUGGGUCUCGCGGGUCUCAUGGGCCCAAUGGGGCAGCGGGCAGGCUGAUGGCUGGGCCUGGCGGGCUGGCUGGGCGGGGAAGGAAGCGGGAAUUCGUAUGGCGUUGGAGGGAGAUGUCAGCCCUUUCGCCAGCGGAGGCAGAGGAUGUUUUGAGGCCAGACGAUGCAAUGAGGGCAGACGAGCUGAGUGCGGCAGUGUUGGAGGAGGCUUGUGCUGAUUUCGAGGAUGUCAUGCAGGACUGGGCUGAGAGUGUCUGCGCCGAGUUUGAGGAAUCCGUUGCGGGGCUUGCCCAGUCGGCUUGCCUCCAGUUCACGAGGCUUACUCGGGACUUUGCCGAGUCUUGGAAGGCUGGGAGAGGAACCACCAAGAGGCGUCGGCAGCGGUAAAGCUGCACUGGUACUUUGUGCUGGCAGGGACUGGCUUGUGUGUAAGGGCGUAUUCCUACACUACGGUGUUCAGUACCAGGAUAGCCAAAUUCAAUGCUGAACACCUGUCUGAACAUGUGGAUUUUCAAGUUGCUGUUCAGUACAGGCACCGAGCUGUUCAAGGUCCUGGUACGGAACUUGGCGAUUCAUUACGGAUACAGUGUUCAGAAUUGA